AAAUACGUAUGAUUUUCUCAUUGGUCCUGAGUAUUCAUUUCAUCAGCUGAUGAAACUGAAACAGGAAGUGGAUUGCUCCAGCAGACAGGAUUAUCAAGGAAAAUAACACACUGUCUAGAAGUUGUGUAGUGUAGAUAUUCAUAAGGACAUUUUAACUGAUACUAUAGAAGAUCCUCUGAUGUCCUGAAAAUAUUCUCUAGAUGUUAAUGACUGUAAAAUGAGUAAAAAACCAGUGCCCCCUCCUAGACCUCCUGCUCCAAAGGUAGGAGGUGGAGGCAUAAGUUUCAGUUUUAAAGCUCUGGAGGAAGAGGAUGAGGAAGAGCUGACCCAUGUCACUGGAAAAUUCGACAAACAGGUCAAUGAAGAGAAAGUGCGACAUGCUCAGGACCGAGAAAGGUCAUUGUCAAAAUCCCCGGAAGUAAGAUCAACUCUUGAAGAGCAUAUGGAAAAAUCUCCUUCCAUAAGAAGUCAAAACUCAUUUGAAAAGCUUAAAGACUUUAAAGAUAAAAUUCAGUCUGAAAUACAAAAGAAAAAAGAGGAAAUAUUUACUGAUUCUCCUGUAGCAGCUUCAAAGGAAAAACAAAGGAUUAGUGCCAUUAAAGAGAAACCUAACCAGCUUGGAAACAUGCCUGAAGAAAAUGAAGCAGAGGUUAAGGACAAGGAAAAGUCAGAAGAAUAUUUUGAGAGUUCAAAUGAACAUGAUCAGAGUAAUGAGACUGAUUUCUUUGACACUAAGUCAGAUGCUAAAGAUGAUUCAGCAGAUGUAGACCAAUUAGAAAUCAAUGAAGAGUAUUUUAAACCAACUGAGGAAGAUUUCUCAGAUCUUCCAGGAGUUGUACCAAUGGUUCGGCAAAGAAAACAUUUUCAAAAACUUCGCAAAAUCAAACCUAUCGUUCCAGUGGCUCCAGUAUCAAUGGCAAAACUUAGUCAAAAAGCACCAGAAGUUGAAACCGUUUCAAGUAGUUCGGACUCUGAAAAACCAAAUGAUAAUAAAGAUCAAGUUGACACAGAUAAAAAGACUGAGUCCGCAUUACACAUACCUGGAACAGUUAUACCUGUGAAGCCGGUUUUGGGAUGUAUGGUAUUUCUAUUUCUUUAUUUACUUAUUCCUCUGCCAUCAUAUCUAAGUGGGAUGGUUAUUGGAAUGGUGCUGAGCUCUGCUGGAUGGAUGUUAUACUUCUGGGUGACAGGGUCAAACAAACCAAGGGAGCCUAUUCCAGAGGAUCCACCUCUUGAUAAGUUGCCACCCAUGCCUGUCCCAGAAAUGAAGGAACCCAAAGGAGAUGAUUGUUGUUACAAGGGAUGGAUGAAUGAGAUAAUAGACUAUAGUCCAGAAUCAUAUUCUAUCAACAACACUCAUUCUGUUUAUGUACACCUUGACGGAACAACGUUAAGGUUACGCAGGCCGAGAAUAAACAUACCAAGGCGCGCCAUGUGGGAUGAGCAAAGCUACAACCCGCAGUUUAUUCAUCAACGGCAUUUUGAUAUUAUCGGCAGUAAAGUGCUUUUACUACCGUCGGGACUUGUUAAGAAAAGACUUUGGAGUAAGAAAUAUCCUCUUUGCAUUGCUCUAGCAAAGGAUGGCAGAAAGAUAGCUAAGCCAGAAUCUAGUUCCAAUCUGAAUAGCAAUGGGAACCAGGCAACUGGUAAAAUGAGUGCCAGUCAUAGUGCGGAUUCCUUUCAUGGGUUUGAAGUGGUAAAUGAUCAUAAGUGUGAUUCUUCCAUUUUGUAUUUGUUUGCAAGGACCUGUAGAGAGAAAGAACAAUGGUAUAGACGUCUUGUUGCGGCUACUAACGGAAUGCCAAUGAAGAAUCAUAUUCGAGAGGUAAAAAGAUUGAUUGAAAGUUCAAAGUCUAGUUAUAAGCGGUCAAGUAGUACAGACAGUUUAAGACACAAGCGUCAAAAUUCAUCUGAUUCACUUUCAUCAGUUAGUACAACAGCAUCAAAUUUGGAAGAUACCAGUGAAACCGAUCUCAAGAAUUUUGUGAUGUAUAUGUCAAGGUUAAUUCCCCGUGAUAAGGAUAGUCUCCCUUCUAGUCCGGUCCAUGCUUUAGCUGGAAAGGAAAAAGAUAUGAAACAUAGUGAUUCAAAAUCAAGUAUUGUGGGAGGCCAAGGGUCAAAAAGUAUUGUAUGUGAACCAGCAUUACUUCCCCUGAAUGCUCUUCUUGGGAGGUGUUUCUGGGAUUUCCUUGGCGACCAGUACUGGGCGAAUAAGGUGCGAGACAAACUGCAGAAGAAACUUACAAAAAUUCAUAUCCCAUAUUUUAUAGAAGAAUUACAGAUCAGUAAAAUCUCCCUGGGAUCGGAGGUACCUGUGAUAAGACGAGCCAAUAAACCGUUCCUGGAUGAGAAUGGCUUCUGGAUUGAUCUCGAUGUUACAUAUAGCGGGAAGUUUAAAAUGACCAUAGAAACCAAAGUAAAUCUACUGAAACUUAAAACCUCCGCAAGUCAAUCGGAAAGUAAAAAGAGCAAAAAGUCAGCAAUAACAGAUAGUGAAGAGGAAGACAGUGCUGAAUCUUCUACAGAUGAGGAAGAUGAGCCUGUUAAUCUUGCUGAGGAUGGGUCUGCUCAAUCUGGUGGAACUGGUAAGAAGAUUUUGAAGUACAUUAAUAAGAUAACUGCUUCCAAGUAUUUCCAAAGUGCCACAGAGAAUAAAUAUAUAAAGAAGGCUAUGACAGAGGUCUCGAACACGCCCCUCAUUCUCACUGUAGAGGUGCAGAAGUUGAGUGGCACACUGGCUGUGAAUAUACCACCCCCACCAUCAGAUAGACUCUGGUAUGGUUUCCGUGGUAAUCCACAGCUCUGGCUUGUAGCUAAGCCAAAGGUUGGUGAAAGGGAGGUAACUAUGAGUCAUAUCACAGAAUGGAUAGAGAAAAAAUUAGCAAUGGAAUUCCAGCAUGUGUUUGUGAUGCCAAACAUGGACGACCUUGUAAUUCCUAUCUUAAUGCCAGGAGAGGACGUAGAUGCUGCCACUUCCGAUGUACCGCAAUCCGAGAACGACUUCUAAACUUCAAUAUUUAAUCAGAUUUAUUUAUAUUUAUACAAUAUUAACUCUAAAAAUAAUAUUGGAAACCUUAAGUGAACAGUCAUUGUGACCACUAGGCCUCGAGGUUAUUAAGAUUUUUUUCUGAGGCUUCUCUCAAAUCUCAAGAUUUUCAUUGGUCAGUGUACAUUCAGUGGGAGUUUCUAACCAAUCAAAUAACGGAGAUUUGAGUUUGAGCUCGGAGAAUUUCUUUAUAUCCUCAGCCCCAGUAUAGAGCCAGACUAGGAAGCAUUUUCUUGCAGUUUAACCUUGCUGUGAUGUUCAAUGGACAUUGUUAAAUCCUCAUAAUAUUUCAAGAGUUGAUAAUAGACAGUUCAAGAAAUCGAGGCUGGACAUUGAAGAUAUUGUGCAGGUUAUUAGAUGACUCAGUCAAAUAUUUUCCUAACAUUAUAAAAAUUCGACAAUCUUGUAUGCCAGUAUCUGAAAUACUGUCUGUAUUGGUACAUAGAUUUUUGUUUGUUCUAUCACAUUCAUAUAUUAUUACUUUUUAUAUAACUAUACAAAGUUAAAGAAGUGUAAAGGAGACUACUUUAACCAGAAAUGUCGUAGAAAUACAAUCUAAUGUCUGAUAACAGUUUAACAAUAUUUUUAUUAGGUUUUUAAUAUGUUGUGGGUUUUUUUCCCAAUCAUUAAGAAAAAAGAAGAAAUGCCAUUU